CUUGCAAAAUUCGACAGUUGUGAUGGUUAUGUCGUAAUGUCAAUAAGUUUAAGUUUUAGAGACUCCUUUAGCAAUGAAAAAUGGCGAAAUAUAUUGCUCAAAUUAUAGUAUUGGGUGCUCAAGUUGUUGGACGAGCCUUUGCUAGAGCCCUGAAGCAAGAAAUAGCCGCGUCGCAGGAAGCAGCGAAGAGGGCCGGUGGUGGUCCUGAGGGUGCCAGAAGAGCCGCUGCGAAUGCUUCCACAGGCCUUACUUUAGAAGAAGCGAUGCAAAUACUAAAUCUAGACAAAUUAGAGAGUGAAAAAAUCCAGAAACAGUACGAACACCUCUUUUCAGCCAACGACAAAGCGAAAGGUGGUUCAUUCUACUUACAAUCAAAAAUAGUAAGAGCAAAAGAAAGAAUAGAUGCUGAAUUAAAAGAAAAAUCUCCCCGACCGGAUCAAAGUCCGCCGAAAGACACGUCGUGAGACAAGGCUGAAUGUUAGAUAUUUAUUUUCAAUUGUAGAUAUUGUUUUAGCUGAAACAACUUGUGUUUUGUAAAAUAUGUUUAUUACGUAGAAAACAUCCACAAUAGUGACUAGAAUACAUCAGUCUUCAUAAACAACAUUGAUUAUGCGUAAUGAUUGCAAAAUUACAAGAAAUGAUUCCAUUUGCCAUCGAUGAUACUUGAUAGAUGAACAUGUUAUUGUUGUUUUCCUGAUAUAUUUAGAAAUCAAUAAAUUUAGCUAAGCAAAUAA